GCUGCAUCUCUGCAAGCCCUACCAUCAGCAUGAGAGGGGAGACAUGCUAAAAAAAAAAGCAUGAGAGGGGAGAUGUCUCCCCGCCGCUGCCGCCGCCGCACCGCUCCGCCGUCUCCGCCGCCUGCUUCUCUGCCAGACGCCGACGACCUGCUCCGGGAAAUUCUCCUCCGCCUCCCCCCGCGGCCUUCCUCCCUCCCCCGGGCCUCCCUCGUCUGCAAGCGUUGGCGCAGCAUCGUCUCCGACCCCCAAUUCCAACGCCUCUUCCGCGCCCACCACGGCAAGCCUCCUCUCCUUGGUUUCUUCCUCGAUGGGAGUCUCUCCUCUCCCUUUUUUCCAAUGCUGGAUCGACCAGAUCGCAUCCCCAGCGCUCGCUUCUCCAUGCUUCUAUACGAGAGAAACCGCAUCAUCGACUGCCGCCACGGCCUUGUCCUUUUCCUCUGCCCAGGGCCGCCGCGCCGCUUACUUGUGUGGGACCCCGUCUCCCGCGAGCAGCGCCACCUCAUCUCCCCACCAGAGCUGGACAGCGACCAGUUGUUCAUCUUCAACGGGGCGGUGCUGCGCCCUGCCGGCGGCCAAGGCUGCAGUUCAAGCCAUUUCCAGGUGGCCCUUGUAGCCCGUGACGGAGCAUGUACGAGAGUUUCCAUAUGCGUUUACUCAUCGGAGACUGGGAUAUGGAGCAACGUCAAAUCACUGCAGAUGAAAUUGAGUAUACCUAUCGAAAGAGCCAGUACUUCGAUUGGGAACUCCCUUUGCUGGUUACUUCCGGUGCAUGAUCAAAAUGUCAUACUUGAGUUUGAUCUGGUUAAGCAGACCCUAGCUGUGACAGAGCUGCCAGUACCUGUGGAACCUGACUAUCAAAAUUUAUGGAUUAUCCCAGCCGAAGAUGGUGGGCUUGGCUUCAUCCAUCUCUCACAAUUUCAUGCCGAAUUAUGGAAGAGAAUGCCUGAUUCUGAUGGUUUGGAUGCAUGGGUGCUCGAUAGAGCUAUUGAGUUUGAGGAGCUCAAACCAACUUGCAAGGGAUACUCACCCGCUUUAGUGGGGUUUGCCGAGGAGAGUAAUGCAAUCCUUGUACAGACAGAUUCUGGUGUCUUCAUGGUCUAUCUCCAGUCAACGGAGUUUAAGAAAGUUUCUGAUCUGAGUGUCUUCUGUAUCCAUUAUCCAUUUGCAUGUUUCUAUCCUGCAGGCACUGGCAUUGGUGAUGUACAUGGUGGAGAUGAAGUGUUGAACAAUAUGUGAGAUGAUGUCUGAUGGGACAUGCUAGUAUAAUGUGAUGACUGCAUAGGUAACCUGACAUUAUCUCCUAGGUGUCCAUCGGGAUAUCUAUGCUAUUUUACAAUUUAUUGCUUAUUGGUGCAUGGGCUUUGACUGAGGGUUAUUUCUUAUGGAACUGUUAACCCCCUUUGUAAUUCGUAAGGCAUCUACUACUUUGCCUAAGUAAUUGAGAACAAUAUGUACCGGAACGGAAGUAAUUCAGGAUCCUUGUUAGUACA